AAGUGACAUCUUGCUUACUACUUUGCAUGUGAUCACUGAUUGGCCAAUCAGUGAUCACAUGAUCGGGACCUCGUACAGAGGUCCCGUCCGAUGAUCGGUGUUUCACUGUGUCCGGAGGACACAGCGGGCACCGGAUCGCGGUGCUGCGCGCUCCCAGGGAGCGCGCACAAGCAGGUGCAGUGCAAGUGGAAACAUGUAUCAAUGCAAAGCAUUAACAUAAAACAUUAACAUGUUGAAAUUUGACUUCUUCUACUACUAUUUUUAAUU